GGGUCCAGCCCCCAACAUCGACCAAACAACGCUUGGUAGUAGACUAGCUCUCUCCUCAGUCUCAGAUCACAGACGCUGCACGGAUCCACCGUGGUCGACGACCGUGUCCAGCACUCUCCUGUACGACCUUUGACGACGAGCACGACCGAUCUCCAACCUUGUCCCGCCAGUGCAGACUGCCAAGCUGGCGCCCACACUUCUUUCCGUCUUCGCAUCCCGCCUUUCGAGGUCAAGACCGCAAUCUCCUCAACCAGGCUCGCCGUCUUCCUCUCCGUCGGCCCUGCCCAUGGGCCAGCAGCAGUCCAAAAAGUCCAAGAAGAAUGGGAAGGAGAAAGAGAAGGAGCUCGAUGCAUCCUCGACUCCUGACAGCGCUGUUCCAGAUACCAACGACAAUACACCUCACAGCACACCCCGUGGAACCGCACCAUCCUCUGAGUCUGGACACAAGGGUUCAGAGCUCAAUGGCUUGGAGAAUGGUCAUCCUGCGAUAAAUGUUUCCAAUCCCGAAGGCGCUACCACCCAACUGACAGGAAGCGGUUCACGUCCUCCUGGGUCCGACGCUUCAGUAGCCGCUACCCCGAGCUCUCCAUCAAAGCAACCUCCUGUCCCCGCACCCAAUAACGCAUCCUCUCCUUCAUCAUCACCAACAGCAGGUUUGAAGCCAGCACCGCUUGAUAUACCCAUCACCCAGACUAUUCUGUCUAAUGCAACAUCGCCGCCAGGAUUCCCCACCCCUGGGUCUACCGCUAGCUUUGCUUCAGGAGACGUCACCAGUUUCAAUGGCGGGAAGGAUAAAGCAAGGCUUUCUCAAGUCGAUAUUGACGAUAUGAUCCAGCGACUGCUCGAUGUUGGCUAUACAGGCAAAGUCAGCAAAUCGCUAUGUAUCAAGAACGCGGAGAUUGUUUCCAUUUGCCAGACAGCACGGGAAGUCUUCCUAAGCCAGCCUACUCUCAUAGAGCUCUCGCCUCCGGUGAAGAUCGUCGGAGACGUUCAUGGGCAAUACUCGGAUCUCAUUCGACUGUUCGAGAUGUGCGGCUUUCCGCCGGCAGCCAACUAUCUCUUUUUGGGAGACUAUGUUGAUAGAGGAAAGCAGAGUUUGGAAACUAUACUCUUACUACUCUGCUACAAGAUCAAGUAUCCAGAGAACUUCUUCCUUCUCCGGGGUAAUCACGAAUGCGCGAAUGUGACGAGAGUUUAUGGCUUCUAUGAUGAAUGCAAACGACGGUGUAAUAUCAAGACUUGGAAGACAUUCAUUGACGUUUUCAACUGCCUUCCUAUUGCCGCAAUCGUUGCUUCCAAAAUCUUCUGUGUGCAUGGAGGAUUAUCACCUUCACUGCAUACUAUGGAUGAUAUAAAGCGAAUACAGCGCCCAACGGAUGUACCGGAUUAUGGGCUACUUAACGACUUGCUGUGGUCAGAUCCAUCUGACACAGCAGCGGACUGGGAAGAUAACGAAAGGGGUGUCAGUUAUUGCUUUGGAAAAGCAAUAAUCAAUGACUUCCUGAUUCGAUACGACAUGGACCUUAUUUGCCGUGCUCAUAUGGUUGUCGAGGAUGGCUAUGAGUUCUGGAAUGAACGGACGUUGGUGACUGUAUUCAGUGCGCCUAACUAUUGCGGAGAGUUUGACAAUUACGGCGCAUGCAUGAGUGUUUCGGAGGAGUUACUAUGCGCAUUUGAGCUACUUAAGCCAUUAGACGCCCCAGCAUUGCGGAAAGAAAUGACGAAGGCAAAGCGGAAGAGUAUGAUGACUACCACCUGAUGGAUAUCAUCCAUACGUCUUCAUUAUUCGAGAUGGGUUUUUGGUUGCUACAGUUCGUCAUGUUGGUCGGGGUAUGCAUGGGCAUCACCUCAUUCUGUUCUGGUGAUACCUGUGUAUGGUGUGGUUGUUUAUUAUCAGUUUUUUUCCCUCUCACUCUCUAUUUACAACGGUUCUAAUAUCCGUUUUGACGCGGCUUUCAUUCAGUUUUCUUCUCUUGUUCUCUCGUCUUCGUCAUUUCCAGGCAAUCAUUUCUCGCUCUGCUUGUGACCCGCUGGAUUCCCGGACUGUCAUUGUACUCCGCAGGUGCAUUCAUGGUCUCUCACGCCUUCGUUUUGGUCAUCCGCAUUACACCUUCACGUGCAGUACAGUAUAUCUUCUCCACCCGAUACGUUCUUUUCAUCGUUCGUGCUAUUACUCAUUGUGCAAAUAGUCUUUUCGUCGCUCUGACAUGUUCUCUUUGACGUUUUAUAUCAUUCACGGUAACCUCGGCCUGUUGGAGUGUCUUCAGCGACAGUCAGUCAGAGAUGCGGAUACGUUCUAAUAGCUUUCUGUUCAUUAUUCCGCGUUCUCGAAACAAUGGCUCCCUCCAGAGGCAGAAACACCUUACGACAAUCCCAAUGUCAACAAUCAUCCCUUCUG